GCACUUCACCCUCAUGACAUGCCGUCUCCUGUGACCAAGAUCGUGGUAGAGACAGGGCUCAUCGUUGCACUUAGAUCCAUCUUAUUCUUAGCAUGUCGCAAGUACCUGCUCCGAGCGCUCUACCAUGACUUACAGGACUUGUCGACACAUUCAUCCGCACAUGCAGUAACACCUCCCGCCGCUGACACCGAUGACGUGGAACUAGAAGCUCUGCCAACACCGUCUACAUCGACCGCGAAACGGAGUCCGGUCCUUCCCACUGCGCGGCACUUCCAUUCUACACUCGCGAGGAGCUUGUUCUCGCUAUGCUUCUCCGAGAGCUGCACCUUGUUUCUCAUGCUGAUGUCACAAGCAAUCGAUGUCUUUGAUAAUCGCACUCGUUUGUUGAACUGGAACAUCUCAUUGUCUCUGCUAUUGGCAGCAAUCCUUUGCUUCAUUCCUCUUUCAUACAGCCUCGUGCUGAGCGACCUCUCGUCUGCGACAGGGUCACACUCGAGGCAACGUCCGUCUGUCCUCAGGAUCGUACUCAAUGUAAUUCCUGUCGGAUUAUUCCUGCUGUUGCUAUCGUACAUCCCCUUGCCAGCCGCACUGCCAUCCUCCGGUAUCAUCAUGACCACAUUAUCUCGUCUGACCGUACUCGGGACGAUCAUCCUUGGAGCGCUAUCUGGAUUCGGUGCUAUAAACACUGCGUGGACGUUCUUCCCCGCGUUCUAUGGGCCUGAAAGGAGUCAGCCGACUGAUGAAGAUGUACGGGCGGCGGAGCAAGGAUUGGAGCGUGUCCAGAGUGACCUUGCGCAGCGUCGCUUCGAGAUACAGAAGCUCCAGGCUGCACAGCCUACUACAGAGACCAGCUGGUUCAACCGCGUCAUGCCCAGCUUCCGCGGAGACCCAGAACUCUCAUCCGCAAUGCAAGAAUUGAGCGGCCUUGAAUCACUCGAAUACGAGAUGUCGCGCAGCCUCGAGGCGCUCAAGCAGCGUCAGGCAGACGCGAAGUUCUCGCGCACGCUUGUCGGAAAGGUGUUCAAUUGGGGCGGCCGCCUCUUCGCGAUAUACUGCGUGUAUCGCAUCAUCAAUUCCGUCGUGAACCUGAUCAUCCCCGCUCGACGCGCGACGACCCCCGAAGAGCGCGCCUCUGCGGGCAUGGACAUGAUGAGCGCCGCGCUGGUGUAUCUCUUCUCGUUGCUACCGUCCGUCGACAUUAGCGGCGAAGACGUCGCGGUCAUCUCGCGGCAGAUCAGUCUCGGUCUUGUCGGCGUGAUCAUCCUGAGCAGCAUCCGAUUGGUGCUGCGGGGCGUCGCGAGGGCCCUGCGUGUGACCAGCAGGAACCUCGGGGCGUCACUCAUGUUGCUCAUCCUCGCGCAGCUCAUGGGCAUCUAUCUCCUAUCCACGCUCAUCCAACUCCGCACCUCCUUCCCGCCACCGCCCGCACGCCCAGACACCACUGCGGACGUCAGCACCGUCAAUCUCUUCUCGACGCUGCCUGAGUACCAGCUGUUCGGUGCCCUCUUCGACGGCUCGUUCCUCAUCGCGGCCGGCGGAAGCGCCGCUGUUCGAUGGAUCAGCGACCGCAUGCACGCCGCCGGCCAGACCGACUGAGCAGCUGACUCCAAAUUUAUGCACCUACCAUACUGUAUCACCUUACUCCGCGGCUACCAAUACGGCUUUCACCCACGUCUUACGCGGCACCAAAGGCAUGGUCAUAUGGAUACACUGUUUUCAUCGUUUCGGGGUGUCAGAUACUGCAACAACACAACAC